UCCCCGUGGCCAUGACCCACACCCCCUGCAAUGCGGGGGAGGGCGGCCCCGGUGCUCUCCGACGGUCAGGCAGAGCCGGUGGCCGCCCUUCCCCCUACUCAUCGUCUUCCAUCCCCCCACCCAACAGUAUCGCCCCGCCAGCCCGCGUCGAGGCGGUGAUGGCUGGGGCCGCUGCAGCGGCCAGGGUGGCUGCCGGGGAAGCAGAUGAAGGAGUCCCUGCUGAGGCGGCGGGGGCAGGGACAACGGCAGAGGCAGCAGCAGCAGCAGCGGCAGCAGCAGCAACAGGAGCACGUGCAGGGGCGGCUGCUGCAGCGGAAGCGGCCGCAGGGAAGGUAGCAGCAGGAUCAGCAGGGCGUGCCGCGGGGGAGACAACCGCCGGGGUAGCUGCGGGGAUGGCAGCAACAGGAAGGGCAGCUGGGGUGGCAGCAGGGAAGGCAGCAACAGCAGCAACACGGGCAGCGGCAAGAGGUGCUGCACGGGAGAGGGCAGCGGGAGCCGCUGCAGGAAGGGCAGCAGCUGCGGCAGCUCCAGCAGGAGGUGUGCCGAGUGUGCCCCAGGAGGCGGCCGCCGAGGAUGGCUCGGACAAUGAUGGCCCGCUCGCCGGAUAUAUCUUGGUCGACUCAACCCUUCCUUGCUCUCCCUCAGCAGCCCUCGCGCCGGCGCCAGGAGCACAAACAACAGCCGGGCAGUAUCCGGAUGCCGACGGGCCCCACUUCUUGUUCACGGCGGUGCCGACGCUGUUCUUAGCGCCAGCUACUCCACCAGAGCGGGGCCACACAGCUUCCAUCGCGGCUCGCGUCGCGCGCUUCUUCCGAGGGGGUGACGUCCAGCUCUGGUCGUACGCCGACGACACCUACCUCGUGGGCCCUCCGGACAGGGUGCUGCACCACUUCACGGGGGUCGUGAGGCGCUUGGGCGGGUUGGGCCUUGCUGUCCAGCCGCACAAGUGCCUUGUCCAUCACACGUCGGUGAUCCUGCCUCGCGACGUGCAGGCUUUCACCGAUCUGGGCAUCGAGGUCGCACGCCGGGGGCUCACCGUGACGGGCGUCCCGGGUCCAGGUGCGGGAGCUUGGCUUACGGCGGUACCCUACGCGGACUCCCUGCGCAUUCCGGAGGCGCAGUGGCAGGUGGCUUCAUGCUUUCGUCUCGGUCUCCCCAUUCCCCAGUUAGUCCUGGCAGGGGACCAGACAGAGCAGCAGCCCGCGCAGCAGCAGCAGACGCCAGCCGCUCGCACAGGCCGCAUAGGGGCACCCGCCCGCAUUCCCGACCUCACCUGCAGGGCGCCGCGAGAUGCUUUGAUGGUGAUUGUAGACGUCUCGGUGGCAGACCCACAGCGGGAGGGGAAUGCGCAGUUCAGGCGGAUGGCACCCACUCAGAUUGGCGGCGCAGCAGCUAGGCGGGUGCAGGACAAGCUGCGACACUGGAGGCCGGUGUUACAGGGGUUGCAGCCGGAUCCAGAGUUUUACGCCUGCGUAGUGGAGACUUUUGGGUGCCUGAGUGAGCCACUGCGGCAGUUCCUAGGGCUGUGUGCAUCGCGGACAGCACGGCGGAGGAGAGAUUCAGGGGCAGGGGAUGACGGGUCGGCACGGAUAUUUGAGACGAGCCUCACUACGCGUCUCUCCGUGGCACUGCAGCGCGCGCAGGCAAAUGUGAUCAUGCAGCAUGCAGUGCGGCAGCUGGGCGGCUCCGACAAUGGAUGGAUGCCAGCGCCUGUACCUUUGGGCGCUGGGCAGGGGAGUUGGCACCACAUCACAGGGUGCUUCGAGAGUGCAGCAGAUAUGCAGUACAUGUAUGAUGCAUAUGUGUAGAAAAACAUAUAUAGGCCGUGCUUGAGACGCUGU